CUAUAGGACCUCCACCCCGAGAGGUUACUGGGAGGAAGAGGGGUCAGACGAUGAGGAAUGGGGGAGGGAGGCAGUCCCAACACCACCUAGGCCUAUAUCCCGUUUUUCCAGGGGGGGGGGGAAACCCUAGGCCCAGAAGAGCGGGAGAGUACAGGUAUCCCAAGGUUCCCACCCACGGGGGCCAGCCACGACGAUCACGGGGGGAUAAACAUUGGGAAAAGGAUGAUCCUUGCUAUGUUGUCGGUGAAUACUAUGAUGAUGAGGAAGAUGAUUAUGAUAUUGUUGACUUUUUUCCUGCAAGUAGCCAAAGGUACCGUCAAAGGAGGCCAGAGAGUAGAAUGUGUUAUGUAAAUAAUGGUGUGCCGAGUUUUUAUUUUAGGAACAGAGAGGAGGAGGAGAGUUGGAUUCAAUGGAGGAAGGAGAGGGAGCUGAGGAGAGAAGGGGAAGAAUGUUCAUCAAGAGGCCUAGAAGGAGAAGGAAGGGCAUCAGCAAGUGCAGACGGACGAACAACGCAGAAGAAAGAUAAGGUUCCAGGAGCAACAGUGGCGGCUAUGGCAGGGGGUAAUACUACUUGCAACAUUUUGAUCAUAGGUCAUUCGUUCAUUUUUUGGGCAAGCAGGCAUGCAGCCGGCAAGCAUUUGGGCUUACCGGAGGAACACAUGAGGAUUGCAUGGCAAGGAUUGAGAGGUAUGAAAUGGGAGCAAUUCAGAGGUAGGUUGAGCAAGACAAUUCUGAAGUUCAGUUUUAUUCACCUGAUUAUAGUGCACGCUGGGGGUCAAUAAAGACCCCUGCAUUGAUAGAGAAGAUGAGGAAGGACCUAGAAGAGGUAAUAGCCGAAAGAAGGGUGGGGGGGUAGCAUGGUCAGACAUCAUACAGAGAGGUGAUUGGCGCGGGGCCAUUUCUCCCCAGGGCAUUGAAAAAUCAAGGAAGAAAGUGAACCGGGCCAUGCACAAACUCAUGUGUUCCUCAGGUAACGGGGUAAUUAGGCAUGACAACAUCAAGCAUAGACAAACCCAGCUUUUUAGACAAAGUGCAUUUGACAGAGGAAGGUUUGGACUUGUUUUGGGAAAACAUCAGGAAUUUUAUAGAAGGAUGGUGGAGGUCACGGUAGGGCUAGGUGGGCCAUGGAAAAGGACAGGUGGCACCCUUCCCCUUUUUUCCAUUGGGUGGCAGCAGAGCGGCUCCAGGAAAACGGUGGUUUCUCAGUGAAGUGCAGGCCUACCCUUGGGAAGUCACGAGUGUGGAGCAGACUUUGACUGCACGGUCUUGUCUGAGUCACGCGAGAGGCUGGGUUAGCGCCAUUAUUGCACAUGAUGGGGAGCAGGAGGAUGGGCUACAGAUAGGUCGGUCGGCAGAGGGCGCUCUGCCUGAUGAUCCCUGCUCCCUAAAAUAGCUGUUUGCUAUGGUAUGGGCAGCGGGCCCAUGGUUUUUCUGCUAAGAUAGGAGCCGCAGCUGGUGGUCAGGGUGCACCUAGUUUUUUAAGUUUUUGUUUAAAUAAAGAAAUGUGACCUCCACAGAUUUUUGCCAA